AUGAAUUCUGAAAAUGAGAAAGACACUUUAAGACCUAGUAGUGUCGCUGUUGUAGGUGGAGGACUUGUCGGUACUCUUUCAGCAAUUUAUUUUGCAAAACGUGGUUGGUCAGUCAGUUUAUUUGAACUUCGUAAAGAUGUUAGGAUUCCAGAGAAUAAAAAUAAUGUUAUAAACAAAUCAAUCAAUUUAGCACUUUCAACAAGAGGAUUAAGUGCAUUGGCUGAAGUUGGAUCAGAUUUUGUGAAAAAGGUUUUGGAUAGUGGACUUCCGAUGAAAGGUAGAAUGAUUCAUGUAGAUGGUAAUGGUAAUAACACUAAACUUGUUAGUAACAUAUAUGAUGUUGUUUAUAAGAGAUGCAUAUAUUCAGUAGAAAGAACAGCUCUCCUUGAAUUAUUAUUGGAUACAGCUCAAACAUUUGAUAAUGUUAAAAUAUAUUUUGAGCAUCAAUUGAAAAGUUGUGAUUUUGAUAAUGGAGCUGAUGGUGCUCAUUCUAUUGUUAGAAGUCAAUUAAUGCGUGUUGUCAGGUAUGGACUAGAAGAAGAAUAUGCAAUUGAUCCGAAUUAUUUACAUAUUUGGCCAAGACAUUCAUUUAUGAUGAUAGCUUUACCAAAUAAGAAUAAGACAUUUACAUGCACUUUGUUUGCGCCAAAUGAAAAAUUUGAAUCAAUUAAAACAAAUGAUGAUUUGAUUUUAUUCUUUAAACAAUAUUUUCCUGAUUCUAUUCCUUUAAUUGGUAAAGAGCAACUUCAACGAGAGUUUUUUGGGAACCCAAAAGAAUUUCUUUUUUCUAUUAAAUGUAAUCCUUAUCAUUACAAGAAUCGUGUUGUAAUAUUAGGUGAUGCAGCUCAUAGUAUGGUUCCUUUUUUUGGGCAAGGUAUGAAUUGUGGAUUCCAAGAUGUUGAAGUACUUGAUAAGAUUUUUGAACAAUACAAGAUUUCGCCUUUUAGAAACAACAACAAUGUUGAUGACGAUAAUAAAAUUGCAAAGGCUUUAGAAAUUUAUACUACACUUCGUCAUCCUGAUGCGAUAGCCAUAUGUGAUUUAGCAAUGUAUAAUUAUAUUGAAAUGAGAAGUAAUGUUAUAAAUCCUUGGUUUUUGAUAAGAAGAAAAUUAGAAAAUUACAUGCAUCGAUUAUUUCCUCAAAGAUUUUUGCCAUUGUAUCAGAUGGUCACAUUUUCAACUAUGAGUCUCCGUGAAUAUCGAUCUGUUAUUGCUCUUUCUUCCCUACCAACUCCCAAUAAAUGGAAUGAAUGA